CAGAAAACAAAGCACAGCCAAAGAGUAAGAAAAAAGAACGAAAGAUGCCUUUGAAAGUGUUGGACGCAACCUUAUCAAGCUUCAACUCUGUUUUUGAGAAAUUUAAGAAUGAAGCAGGAAACAACAAAAGUAAUCUCAUAUUGUUUUUGGCUGAUAAUGAGCCCUUAACUAAUCGCAGUUGGUGCCCUGAUUGUGUGCGAGCUGAACCAGUUAUAUACAAAAAAUUAGAAUCAUCGGGAGAUGAUGUAGCACUCCUGAGGGCUUAUGUUGGGGACAGACCCACGUGGAGGAACCCCAGCCAUCCAUGGAGAGUGGAUUCAAACUUUAAGCUCAAGGGAGUCCCGACUCUAAUCCUAUGGAAGAAUGGUGAAGUUAAAGGUCGCCUUGAAGACCAUGAAGCACACAUCGAACGCAAAAUUGAUGCACUUCUCUCCUCCAAGUGAACUUUUUCCAAGUGUUUCCACCCUAAUAAAGCUUUAGUUACCACAUCUGCUAAAUGUUGAACACUAUGUUUUGACUCAGUGACCAGAAAUAAUUGAGGUUAUGACUCUUGCAAUGUGCUUAAACUGCGUUCGUAGUUUGACACUGCUCAUGAUUAGUGAUAACUCUCCCCUUGUUAAUGGGCAAUGGCCCUUCCCUAUGAGAUAUGGGUAUGGUAAACCAUUAUGAUUUCUAUAUCAUGCUUUAUAAGUUCUAUGUUAGUUACAUUGUCAGUGUAUGUCUAAUGAGUAAUGUCACACUUUACUUUUUAAAAAAAUUUGCAGCUUAAUUAUUAGGUUUGUAA